UUUAAUUAUGUGUUUAGCUGCUUAAAAUGCCUCAGUCUCUUUUGAGUCGUCCAUCUUUGAUUAUCAUUUCAGAGUUAAAUUUGUUCUUUUGUCAUUCUUAUAGCUCUAGCUACUAGAUUCAGAAAGUUCAGAUCUUUUACUUUCUUCCUUUUUUCUGGGUUUUCAGGAAACUGAAAUUUCUGAUGGAAACCCAGUAGUGUAGAGAUUAGAGAAUCUCUCCAAGUGAACCCCCAGAGGAAAAAGAGUUGAAUGAGGUUGAGAAAUUGGUUGCCUCAAGCUAAUUCCAUGAUUUUCUGGCCUUUUUGGUUAGAAAUUGCCAUUUAGUGAUAUGGAGAAUGCACUUCAAAUUCAAAAGAUUUGCCUGUUUGAAACCAAGAGAGUGCUUUUUGUUAUAGGGAUCAUUGCUAUAACUAUUAUACAGUUUCAGUCCUUGAUCCUUCCCCAUAAAAAUGUUCUUUUCUCUGUAUAUCCUGAUGGUAACGUUGCAGAACUUAGAAAUUACACCUUUCCAGUGGAAGUUUCUUCCCCUAAAUCUGCCAUGGUUGAUCACUCCUCUUUUCUCAAUGACAUAAACAUGAUUAAUUCAUCUGUCACCAUUGGGGUCGUGAAAAAUAAUGAUAGUUCCAACAUGGGAAAUGGUACUGCUAAUGAUAAUGAAACAGAAGGGAAGGAUGGAGGCAUAGAGAUUGAUUCGACAUUGGAAAAGAACAGUGGCCGAGAAGAUGCUUUUGAACUAGAUGAGGAUAUGAACCUGGAUGAAGAACUUCCAUCCAAAAAAUCUUUAGACAUGGAUAUGAAUUUCGAAUUUGAGUGUGUCAAAGAUCUGGAAAGUGAUAAUAAACUAGAAGGAAAGGCUGGAGGCAUAGACAGUGAUUCUGCAAUGGUAAAGGAUAGAGGCCCAGAUGAUGCUUUUAAACUAGAUGAGGAUACACAACCAGAUGAACAACUUUCACCCAUGAAAGUUUUAGACCUAGAUACUAAUUUCAAAUUGGAGGGUGUCAAUGGUCCAGAAAAUGGUCUUACACUAGAAAUGGGUAGAGAAGAACACAACCUUUCUCUUGAGCACUUUGUGAAAUCCCUCAAUCCAGAUAAAGAAUUUUCAUCACCCAUUGUCGGAGAACCACAUACAGGUUUGAUGAUAGCGAACAUUGGCAGAUCAGUCACUAGUUCCUCAUUGCCUCCGCUUGUGUUGCCACCUUUAGCUUCUUUAAGUAAUGCAAGCAUUCUGAGAACCUCAGGUGUGACUUCAAAAAAUUCCAUUAAUUCUGUCACCUCCAGCAUAGCUACAUUGCAGAAGCAGGCAACAGAUAUGCAAUCAAAUUAUACUUGUAGGGAAUUGAAAAUUGCUCUAGCCGCUUCUAACAAUAAUCCCACAGUGACUAGUCAUCCUGUAAGGAAGAAGAUGAGGUGUAUGAUGCCACCAAAAUCAGUAACCUCGAUAUCUGAGAUGAACCGUUUACUGCUUUAUACCCAUGCUUCUCCUCGUUCAAUGAGGCCACGGUGGGCUUCAGUACGUGACAAGGAACUUGCAUCUGCCAAAUCACAAAUCCUGAAUGCUCCUGCUGUUAAGAAUGACCAAGAACUUUAUGCUCCUCUUUAUCGGAAUGUUUCAAUGUUCAAAAGGAGCUAUGAACUGAUGGAACGCAUACUCAAAGUAUAUAUCUACAAGGAAGGAAAUAAACCCGUUUUUCAUCAGCCAAUACUCAAAGGAAUAUAUUCUUCUGAGGGAUGGUUUAUGAAACUGAUGGAGACAAAUAAACAAUUCGUCGUUAGAAGCCCCAAAAAAGCUCACUUGUUUUACAUGCCUUUCAGUUCACGAAUGCUACAAUAUGAAUUGUAUGUACGUAAUUCACAUGGUCGACAGUACCUAGCUGAGCAUUUGAAGAGAUAUACAGAAUUGAUUGCUGCAAGAUAUCGUUUCUGGAACAGAACCGGUGGAACAGAUCAUUUUCUUGUUGGUUGCCAUGAUUGGGCACCAUAUGAAACAAGGCACCACAUGGAGCGUUGCAUCAAAGCCCUAUGCAAUGCUGAUGUUACUGGAGGCUUCAAAAUAGGGAGGGAUGUGUCUCUUGCACAAUCAUAUGUACGCUUUGCAAGGAAUCCUCUCCGAGAUGUUGGUGGAAAACCUCCCUCCAAGAGGGCAACUCUUGCAUUCUUUGCUGGGAGUAUGCAUGGGUACCUGCGCCCGAUCUUGCUAAAGUACUGGGAGAAUAAAGAUUUAGAUAUGAAGAUCUUUGGUCCAAUGCGUCGUGAUGUAGCAGGCAAAAUGAAUUACAUCCAGCACAUGAAGAGCAGCAAGUACUGUAUAUGUGCCAAGGGCUAUGAGGUCAACAGCCCAAGAGUUGUUGAGGCCAUCUUUUAUGAGUGUGUCCCUGUGAUUAUAUCUGACAAUUUUGUGCCUCCUCUUUUCGAGGUUUUGGACUGGGAUGCAUUCUCUGUCAUUGUCCCUGAGAAAGAUAUUCCCAACUUGAAGGAAAUACUCCUGUCUAUACCUGAGGAGAAGUAUAUCGAAUUGCAGCUGCGGGUGAAGAAGGUGCAAAAGCAUUUCCUUUGGCACAUCAAGCCUGUUAAGUAUGAUCUCUUUUACAUGACCCUCCACUCAAUAUGGUUCAAUAGAGUUUUCCAGUUAAAGACCAGAUAAGGAUGUGACUAAAGUUUCAGAUUGUGUUUUAAAUGGCUCAAUACUGCAGCAAAGAAAACAAACACUCAAGGAGAUUAGAAACAAGAGGACAUCAAAGUACAAAAUUAAUCAACUGAUUUUCAUCCUCAUCUUAUCUUUUCAUGUCGAAAUCAAAGUGGAAAAAGAAGAAGCAGUGCUUGAAAUUUUGAUGAAAAAAUAUGAAAAAUAAAUGCAUCAACAUGUAAAUUGCUGAGGUAGGGAGGUUGGGUGACAUUGUAAUGUGUUUCUUCAUUUCAUGUACAUUAUUGUUCUCUGUUCAGUUUUAUCAGGUCUGCAAAAAAUCUCGAAGCACCAGAAAAUGGUCUGCAAUAAGGAUGUGGUUUGCUGUUGUUGAUCUGUCCAUUUCAUUGCAAAAUUUUGAAGUAGAAGAUGAUGAGUGAGCCUCCCCACUGCCUCAGAGCCAACCUCAAAUGUUCCACUCCAAAGGAUCAAUAGUAACUGAUGGAUGAACCGGGCCUCAUAAGGUAACUUUCAUCCUCAGGCGCUCCAAGUCUUGACAAGUUUCUGCUUAGUCUUGGAAGGAGCUCCAGCUCUAGUGGGAGCAAAGGACUCUGGGUUGUCUGUGUUUGGACUGUGAUUGAGCUCAGCUGGUGUCUGGGAUGGCAAUUUGAGAGGCUGGGUGGGGGAUUCAGUCACAUUGGUUAGUAGGGGUGUCAAAUGGUUGGUUUGGACAGGGUUUUUGGUUGGUUUUUUUUUGCAUAUAUCGGGCCAGACCAAACUAUAUUGAUAAAGUGAUGUUUGGUGUACAAAAACUAAAUUGAAGCCAUUAGUUAUCAAUCUGGUCGUUUUGACUUUCGGUC